UGGCAAUGCCAACUUACCAGACUGCCUUCGACCCCCUCAGCACGAACGCUGCUCCAUAUGGCCUUCAAAGAAACAACAGCAAUGGCCUUGAGCCAUCGGGAGGUGGCAAGUUUCCCCACACUCGGGCCCAGCUUUCAGCGAUCGCGCGCCAAUACAAACCCCUCGAGAACUACGACAGCGACGCCGAGAACGACGACUACAACCGAGUCCCCCAGAGCCUGGUAAACGAGGUUGUGUCGUUGCUAGUGGACGAGAAGGAGGAUGAACUCAAGACGCUGCUCAAGACGACGUUUGGAAUGGACGACGACAUUGUUGAGCAGAAUGCGCUAGACUUGAUGCACAAGCACCGCGACGACGUAGCUGGAGUGCCAUUCCUGUUCCUCACUCCCACACGCCGCCCAAUUUCGAGACCGUCGUCCCGUGCCUCCACCCACUCUGCGCGUCUGCACCCCGGGCGCCCAGAUACACCCUCUUCAGCGCCCGCAUCACCUCUGGUUCAUGUCUUCCGACGGCCGCAUACACCUGCGACGUCGCCACUCGCCCCAAUUGGAUACACCAAAUCAGAUUAUUCACCUUCAUCCUCGCCGGUCCUAGCACAUGCACAGGUCUCGCAGGCCCAGUUCACUGCCUCGCUGCCUGCCUCGCCGAUCUCUUCGCCUCGGCUCUUGAACGCCAAAGCAAGCGAGUUCAGACCCAUACCCCGCCCGCUUUCAGCAGCUGCGUCGCACAGUGCUGGUUCGCUUCUGCGGGCAGACACUCCAUCCCCCGACCUCUGGGCGCACAACUCCCCUCGCGCCACCUCAAACCUCGCCAUCGCCGCCCCUUUGAUUGCUGACCAAGCCCGUGCUUUCACCCCCUCGUCUUCUCUACGCUCCUCGCACCGCCCGAAAGAUGUGGAAGAUGACGAAGAUGAUCCCUUUGAUCCCUUUGCUUCGAAUCCCAUCCCAUCCUUCCACUCGAUCACCAUAUCUGAUUUCGACACGUUCGACAACAACCAGUGGUCAACCUCGCCUGACUUCAACCAGACCCACUUCUACGGCUAUGGGCCCGAACAGAAUCCCCUCGACCCGGACGCAGAUGAGGCCUCAGCAGCGCUGACCGACGGAAUGACACCAUUCGACGUCCUGAGCUCAGUGUUUGGAUCCUCCCUCGCGCCCUCGGAGCUCGAAGAAGCUCUGGCUGUGAAUGGGUUUGACUUUGAUCGUGCGAUGGCGUGGCUCGUCGAUCGCGUGUCGCCACCGGCGACACAGGGUCCGCAGAAUCCCAGGAUGCAGCAUAUGGGCGCGAGAGUCACGUUGGUGGGGAGGGAUGGCAGGGGCGGCGGGCCUGCUAAUGGCAUUAGAGGGGGUGCUAAUCGCCCGGCUCCCAGAUAUGUCAACGGGCGGCCUGUUCCUGGUGGGAAUAGGGUAUGUAGGUAUUUUGUUGCUGGAGAAUGCUUGAGAGCAGAUUGUCGAUUCAGGCACGACCUCGAGCGUGCUCUCUGUCGUUUCUGGCUCCGAGGCACAUGUGCGAAACAAGAAAACUGCGAGUUCUUGCACCAUCUGCCCAAGGAUGUCGACAUCUCGUCUCUCAACGCAGCCUUGUCUCGGGCAAACGUACCUCCUGGCGUUGGACCACUUGCCGCACACAUCCUCCCUAGUGCCCCAUCCGACGAGUUCCCGGCACUCGGCUACGAAAAUAAUGCAGCUGCUCGAGGACGCAAGUACACGCCCUACAUGGAUCCAGGAAGGACGAGGUUCGCUGCAGCCGUCAAGAAGCCUGCUCCUCCACAGGUACCUCAGACGGAAGAAGUGGGAAACAAUGCAAGUACCCCAAUUGGAGCACGGCGAGAGGUUAUGGGAUCCGCUGCUGACAAUCUGCACCAUCAGAACGCGAUCGUGGCUCCAAGACCGUCACCGCGCCUCAAGCUACGUGCGCCCGCUCUCUUGCCAACGCUGCCGACUGGCGAGUCGCUCAACAGCAUGUACAUGGCCUACCGCUCUCGCGGGCUCCAGCUCGGCGCCGCGAGGAACGCGUGCCUUUCUCGCGCUGCUGAUGCAUGGCGGAGAGGCGAUGGGGCGGCUGCCAAGAGGUUUAGCAGGGAGGGCCACGAGCUGAACGCGAAGAUGAGCGUGGAGAUGGCGGAUGCUGCUGCCAAACUUGUCAGUGAACGCUCCAGGGUUGCAGAGCAGGCAGUUAGGGCUAGGGAUUCGGCGUGGUCGGACGACCCAGGAGACAGGGCAGCUAGAGGCAAGACGUGCGGCAGCGGGCUCGGUGUGUGCUUGGGUAUUGCCAGCCCUGGGACUGGAGGUGCAAGUGAGACGAGUGCGGAAGAGAGGACUGAAGCCAUGUUGGACCUCCAUGGUUUGCAUUCGAAUGAGGCAACUGACGUGUUGGAGCAGUUCUUGCUCGCGGUCGAACGUGAACAUUUCUAUGGUCUUGGCUAUGCUAUUGUCGGAGAGGAAAAGCACACUGGGACACAGGACGUUGCUCGUGGCGCUUCUCGAUCCCGACUUGCGACCGGUGUUCGUGAAUGGCUCCACCGUUGGGGCUACCCAUGGAGCGAACGAGACGGCAUCAUCUGCAUAGACCCUCUGACCCAUUCCUCUGAAUAAA